AAGUCACACGCUCUCAGCCUCAAAUUGGGUCUUGUCCUCCGUUUCUGGGACCCGGCACAGGUGGCGUUGGCGGUGGCUUUGAACCUGAGGACAUUCCUCCGCGCCAAAACCCGCGGCGACGGGAAAGUUGCGGUCCGGCUGCUGAACAUCGGCACAAAUCUCAGCUGGGAAAAAUCGGCGCUGCAGACGCUGCUUCCAUCAUUUGCUGCUGGCCGAACUGAAAGCGAGGCCCCGAACCCAGAACAAGUUGAGACGCUACGAGAGUUUUUGGGCGACGCGGACGGAGUCCCCGAAAUCCACGCCGUCGCCGCCAUCGCCUUCCUCUACCUCUAUUUAUCCAUUGCGUCCAAAAGCGGGGUUUUGCCCAGCUUGGAUGUUUUGGUGUGGUCCGAACUUCCCACCGGUGCUGGCCUGGGUUCGAGUGCCGCGUUCUCCGUAUGCCUCGCAGGCGCUUUGCUUUCUGUAUGCGGAGCUGUCGCUUACCCUUCGGUUGAAGGGCAGUCGCUAGCAAGGUGGACGGAGACGGAGUUGGAAUUGAUUAAUCGAUGGGCCUUUUGCGGCGAACAAGUGAUCCACGGAAACCCCUCCGGUGUCGAUAACGCUGUCGGGACGCGGGGUGGAGCCUUAAGGUACCAAUCUGGAAAA